CAUUCGCUCUUGGCCAUCAGCGUCACCUUCGUGCUGGUUCACCUGCUUCGAGGUGCUCCACACUUAAUGCUGGGCGUCAACUUCGUCUUUCACAUGGGCUACCUGCURYUGGGYUAUUACUUCACGGCAAGCAACGAAUACGAUAUCCUGUGGACCAUGCCACAUUGCAUAUUGACGUUGCGGAUGAUUGGUUUCGGUUUCGAUGUGGCCGACGGAUUGAAGCCGGUGUCUAAGCUAUCGAAAGAGCAGAGUGAGACGGCAUUGAAGCAUCCGCCUUCGUUCCUUCAGCUAUUGGCAUAUGCUUACUUUCCCAGCGGCUUCUUGGUCGGYCCGCAGUUUCCCUAUCGACGAUACCAAAACUUCACGAAUGGCGAKUUUCGCCAAUAYGAGGGCUGCGUGGACGCCGGUCUUAAGCGUCUGGGCAUGGGUGUGCUCUACCUAAUCGUUUGCCAACUCGGUUUAGCCUAUCUGCCGGAUAACUAUUUCCUGACACCGGAAUUUGCGGAACAGCACUUCAUCAAGCGCAUUUUCUUCCUGGGCUUCUGGGCGAAGUUCACGCUGUACAAAUACAUUUCGUGCUGGCUGUUCGCCGAGGGCGCUCUCAUGUGCAUUGGCUUCACGUACAAGGGCCGCGAUGCACAGGGCAAUCCGGAUUGGUCUGGCUGCACCAAUGUCAAGCUAAUGCUCCUCGAGACCGGAAACACCAUGGAACACUAUGUGCAGAGCUUCAAUGUGAACACCAAUCAGUGGGUCGCUCAGUACAUAUUCAAGCGUCUCAAGUUCCUCAACAAUMGGAACAUUAGCUAYGCGGCUGCUUUGGGUUUUCUAGCCGUGUGGCAUGGCUAUCAUAGUGGCUAUUAUAUGGCAUUCCUUAUGGAGUACAUGAUAGUCAGCACCGAGAAGCAGAUCGAUCGGGUUUACACCAAAGAAGUGCUGCCCAGAUAUGGCGAAAUAUUAAACAACUCAAUGAUCUAUAAAGUACUUUAUUUCGUAUCCUUAAAGUCCUAUAACAUCGUCUACAUGGGCUGGUGUCUCACCUCAUUUGUUUUUCUCAAAUACGAGCGCUGGAUCACGGUCUUCAGUGCAGUGAACUACUUCGGCUUCAUAUACAUGUUCAUCUGGGCUUGYCURUUCCAUGGCUAUCGUCAUUUUGYUGGCAAACCGCCCCAGAACCGCGAGCCCACCGCAACAGCAUCAACUGUAAAACAAGCCACAGAUUAGUGGAGCGGCUAUCCUGCAUGCAAUGUCCAAUUCAGCAUAAUUUCUUUAAAAUUGAAGUGAAGAUGUUACCAAAUAACCAUAGUUUACUCUCACACRCAUAUAUAUSUGCAUAUAUAUUACCGUGGAUGGUAAACGAUUGAAUACGAUAAGGACUACUGGACGUGGCGUAAAGUUGUAGCUGUUCUCAAUCGUUCAUUAUAGAAAGCAAUGUCUAGUCAGUGAAAAAUAGUUGAGUUGCUCUAUGAACGGCGUCGAGACUUAUCCAACUAUAAAGACAAUUUUAUAUACAUAUWUUUUCAUAUGCUCACAAACUGUAUAAGGGAAGAAGCAGCUAUGCAAAAAGUGCAAAUUUAAAAAUCAAAUUKCAGAAAUUAUCSAUUGAAAAUUCUUUAUAACUUUUCGAACCUUGUAAAUAUUGUAGAAUCAAGGCUUUUAAAUUAUAUCGUAACUAGUUUGUAACACUCUAACAAAAUUGGUUAUAUCGAAAAAUGAAUAAACUUCUUGCUUGAGUCACCCAA